UCCCAUUGGCCGCUGUCUUUUGUGACGUCACGAUCAUGAUGAGAAUUGAUGAUCGGACACGUUGAUUUCAUUGUCUGAGAAGGCAGUGGAGACCCAGGAAAAAUCUCGCUGAAUCUGCCUGCCCCAGCACUGAUCUGAUCUGGGAUCCUCUGAUCCCUCCCGUGACCGCACCACGCCCGAGAUGAAUCUACGUUCUGUAUUUACUGUAGAACAACAAAGGAUUUUACAGCGUUAUUAUGAAAAUGGAAUGACAAAUCAAAGUAAAAAUUGCUUUCAGCUCAUAUUACAGUGUGCACAGGAGACUAAGCUGGACUUCAGUGUAGUCAGGACGUGGGUUGGCAAUAAGAGAAGAAAAAUGAGUAGUAAGAAUUCUGAAUCAGGAGCAGCAACAACAGGAACUGUUUCCAGUACCUCUUUGGCAGCUCCAGACAUUACAGUCAGAAAUGUGGUUAAUAUUGCUCGACCUUCAAGCCAACAGUCUUCUUGGACAUCUGCCAAUAAUGAUGUCAUUGUAACUGGUAUAUACAGUCCGGCCAGUUCAUCAAGCAGGCAAGGGACAACCAAACAUACAAAUACACAAAUUACAGAAGCACAUAAAAUCCCUGUUCAGAAAACGGCCAGUAAAAAUGAUACUGAGUUUCAGUUGCAUAUUCCUGUUCAAAGACAAGUAGCACACUGUAAAAAUGCCUCUCUGCUCUUAGGUGAAAAAACAAUUAUUUUGUCAAGGCAGACAAGUGUGCUAAAUGCUGGAAACUCAGUAUACAAUCACACAAAGAAAAACUACGGAGGCUCUUCAAUGCAAGCCUCUGAGAUGACAGUACCUCAAAAGCCAUCUGUGUGCCACCGACCUUGCAAAAUUGAACCAGUUGGAAUUCAAAGAUUAUAUAAGCCUGAACACACGGGUUUAGCAUCACAUAAUUUAUGUGGGCAAAAGCCACCUAUUAGAGAUCCUUACUGUCGAACGCAAAACUUGGAAAUUCGUGAAGUAUUUUCAUUGGCAGUUAGUGAUUACCCCCAGAGAAUUCUGAGAGGAAAUGUCCCACAGAAGCCUAGUUCAGCAGAAGGAACUUGUUUGUCCAUUGCAAUGGAGACUGGAGAUGCUGAUGAUGAGUAUGCCAGAGAGGAAGAGUUGGCAUUGAUGGGAGCACAGACACCAAGCUACUCAAGAUUUUAUGAAAGUGGCAGUUCCCUUCGAGCUGAGAACCAAAGUACAGCUUUGCCCGGACCAGGAAGAAGUAUGCCAAAUUCACAAAUGGUGAAUAUUAGAGACUUGUCAGACAAUGUACUGUAUCAAAAUAGAGACUACCAUUUAACACCACGGACCUCAUUACAUACCGCAUCUACUACAAUGUACAGAAAUACAAAUCCAUCACGGAGUAAUUUUUCUUCACAUUUUGCAUCAUCAAACCAAUUGAGGUUGUCACAAAACCAAAACAAUUACCAGAUUUCAGGAAACCUUACUGUGCCUUGGAUUACAGGGUGUUCUAGAAAAAGAGCACUGCAAGACCGCACUCAGUUCAGUGACCGAGACUUAGCCACCCUUAAGAAGUACUGGGACAAUGGUAUGACUAGCCUUGGCUCUGUCUGUAGAGAGAAAAUUGAAGCAGUUGCAACUGAAUUAAAUGUUGACUGUGAAAUAGUUCGGACUUGGAUUGGGAAUCGAAGAAGGAAAUAUCGUUUAAUGGGGAUUGAAGUUCCGCCUCCAAGAGGAGGCCCUGCUGAUUUUUCUGAGCAGCCCGAAUCUGGCUCUUUGUCUGCCUUCACACCAGGAGAGGAAGCUGGUCCUGAAGUAGGAGAGGAUAAUGACAGAAAUGAUGAAGUAUCCAUCUGUUUGUCUGAAGGAAGCUCUCAAGAAGAGUCCAAUGAAGUUGUUCCAAAUGAGGCAAGGGCUCAUAAGGAGGAGGACCACCAUGCAGUAUCCACAGAUAAUGUGAAAAUAGAAAUUAUUGAUGAUGAAGAAAGUGACAUGAUAAGUAAUUCUGAAGUAGAGCAAGUGAAUUCUGUCUUGGAUUAUAAGAAUGAAGAAGUCAGAUUCAUUGAAAACGAGUUAGAGAUUCAAAAGCAAAAAUACUUUAAACUUCAGACAUUUGUUAGAAGCUUGAUACUAGCUAUGAAAGCUGACGAUAAGGAACAACAGAAGGCACUGCUGUCAGAUUUACCUCCUGAAUUAGAAGAGAUGGAUUUCAAUCAUGCUUCACCGGAACCUGAUGAUACCUCAUUCAGUGUGUCUUCUUUAUCAGAGAAAAAUGCCUCAGACAGCUUGUGAUUUGAGGAGGGGAUAUAUGAUACAGUCCUUUGGCUGCCUAACAAUUGUGCAUUUCAAGAUAACUGCAUUCUGACCCAAAAUUCUUCGGUUGGCAAAACAUAUCGUUGAAACCGACAUAUUCUGUGAAGGAUGAACAAGAUAUAAUGGCUACAGCACAAAAAAAUGUGUGUGAAAUUUAAAAGCAUUGCUUGAGAGUUUUUUCCAAACUGAUGGAACUCUGGAAAAAUUGUAUUUAAUUUUGAGCAGUUUAACUUUGAAGUGCAUAAUGUCUAAUUUCUGAAAGCUUUUUGUUUGGUUUUACAGAAGAAUCUUAGAUUUAGUAAUAGUUUUUACCAGAGACACAAUAAUAAAAAGGUAUUUCUAUUGUAACUUGCUUAUCAAGUUACUGAAGCUUGAUUAGUCUUGUUUCUGUAGCCAUUACAUCUUCUUUCUUCCUCUCUCCUUUUCCUAUCACCCGCAUACACUUUUACUCAGGAAAGUGGACUGAAAAUUAAAAAGAACACUUUAAAAAUGAUUUAACCUGGAAGAAUUCCUGGAUUUAUUUUUCAACCCCUAUGAGAAUUUGACUUAAGCUAAUGAUUGAAAAUUGAAGUGAUUACUAGUAUAUAAUUGUAAAUUGUUGGUCUUCUUCUAUUAUCUAGUCCAAAUAUUUGGGGGGAGGGGGGAAAGCACUAUGGAAAAGUAAUUCACCAACGUGAAUUCAAAUAAAUUAUUAAGUGUAUAGAAACAAAAUGUUGUAAAAGAUUAGUCUUAACGGGAGUUCUUUGUUGCUGCAAAUGACAAAUGUUGAUAAGACUUACAUUCUACUGGUAAAUUUGUGUAACUGAGUUAGAUGAAAUGUUGCACAAUAUUACAGGUUGAUCACCAUCUUGAUAAUAUUUUUUCAGUUCUUACAUUUUAUGAAACAGGAAGUCAAGGUAAGCCACUGAGAUUUUUUCUUCUAGUCACUCAGCUUUGCCACAAAAUUUACCUCAUUUCCACGUGAAGCUUGUACAGAGCCAUCAGCCAAGGAUAAUUUCCAAAAAGAGUUAUACUACUUUGUUGUAAAUCAUGGUCCUCUGAAUUUCCUGGAUAUUAUUCUAGUGAGUACACGCCUAGCAUUCUACCCAGUUGUUCUGUUAGUAGGUACCAGGUGGCAAAACACUGUAGACAAUUCUUUGCAGACCUUCCCGUCCAGGGUACUAAAUGGCAGUCCAAGAUUCAUAGAAGGGAAAAUCCUGUUUCUCCCUGAGCACACAGUAUCAUAUAUUUGUGAAUUGGCAGUGUGGAAUUGUGUCGCAUGGUUAAAUUACUAUCUAUACGUAAAAGAUUAAUGAAGUAGCUAGUUAGUUGUUUUGGCCAUUAAGUUUCUAUGUUAGAUAUUUUUGUAAUUUGUAAGUAAAACCAGUUUUGAUCUAGGAAUUCAUAGAUACCAGUUUAUGAAUGCAGAAAGGCAGUCAUGAUUGUCUUUGAACUUGAAAUGUCCCCUCCCCCCUACACAAAUAGGUAAGGUUCAUUGAUAAUCCUUCAUUUUGUCAGCUGUCUGAUUUAAUAUUGCUACCAUGCUACUGCUACGGUUCUUUUGCAGGCAGAAAUAUUUCAGCGGUUAGGUGUGCCCUUUUUUAGCUGAGAGCCAUAUGGCUCUUUGCAAACAGUGUUUAGUACUAUUUGCUGACAAGUCAAAUUCCAUUCAGAGAAAAGAAUGCUGAGGAACAGAAUCUCAGAUAUUAGGAUUAAAUUUAUCAGUCACACCAAUUCUUCCAUGAGGUAAAGAGUCCCUACUACAUAUAGCAAAUAUAGAAACCAUUUCUUAAUGUAGCGUGAACAAAUUCCAGGCUUUCAAGUCUCUCCUAGGAUCUCCUUCCUAAUCAUUGAGUUAUCUUUAAACUCUAAUUUCCUCUGCGUCAAUUUAAGCCCCUUCUUAUUUGGUUCUUGCUACAAAGUAAGGACAGAUGACUCUCUCCUACAACUUUCAACUCUAUGGAUUGUAUUUGUCUCACCUUGGCAAUUAGUUGCUAAAUCAAAAAAUAUUCCUUGAGCUCCUGUUAUAGGGACAUUAGAUUUCUACUCCUCAGCAAGCCAUAAACUUUAAAGUGAAUCAUUUCUUUUCACUAUUGCAGGGAUACUAAUAAAAAUUAUUUAAGUAGAAAUUUUAAUAGAUUUAACGAGUCUACCAGGUGUGAUUCCUAAAAGGAAUCUGGGUCUACAAUUUUGAGAAGAAGCAGAGAAGAUUCCCUUGUCCCUGUUUAAAGUUCCAUUAAAAUAGAAACUGCAUAAAUCGUAAUAGUACACUUAGGAAUCCUUUUGUCCCAGCAUUUGUGUUUCAGCAUCAGUUAUUUCUUUUACUAUGAUUGGUAUUAAAAAGUUUCUAAAAUGAAAUGUGGUUGUUCUGUAGCAAAAACCACAGGAAAUAGCUGUAUCCAGAAAAAAAAUCAUAAUUGGCAGAAGGAAAUUAUGCACCGUAGAUUUCAAAAAAGAUGCCAAGUUCAAGUAUUAAAAAUCCAUAAUGAAUAAAAUAUAUUUUUCACACAUAGAUUGGAAUCGGUUUUGAGACAUUUUAGAGCAGGAAAAAUAUCAGUUUAUGACUGCUUUUGUGAACAUCUUCAUGACUAGGGGGAGAAAAACAACUAGUGUUUCUUUCUUUAGGGCUUUGACACAAUAUUAAAGCAGACCAUACUAUCUGAAGCCUCUCUCACAAAGACGAAUGCCACAUCAAAAAACCUUUUUUUUCCCUUUAACUACACUUUGAUGUCUGUUUUCAGCUUGGGAUAGCCAACUAGUUCCUAAGCAAGAAAUGUGUAUCUAAGAGCACUUACAUCCAAAUGUGUAUUAAACAACAACAACAAAAAACACUAAAGAUACCUUCCUCAUUUUAGCUAAGCUAAAAUUAGUCACAGAACAAUGAGAACUGCAAUUCCAGUGGAGAAUAGGAAAAUGAACACCAGCAAGGAAAAUAUUAAAAUUGGCCUCUUCAUGGAACCUGGGGAUGUUUUGUCAUAAAGUCAGUUAUCAACAGCAGAACUUUUGUACUACCAUAGCAAUCAUGUGAUAGAAAUGUUUGUUAUUGUUGAAAAAGAAAAGACCACAGCCCAGUUACCUCCUGUGCUCUAUAUACUACCAAGACCUCAAAAGAUAUCCGAGAGGCCAUUUCUCCAAAGACAGCAACAUCUGUUUUAAGGCACUUUCAUAGUCAGCAGCCUGUAAGCUUGUAGGAGAAAACUUAAAUGUAUAUUUAAAAGAAUUCUAGGCUCUAACAUUGACUUUGUUGCCUUUUCUUGUGGGGGAGGGGGCAUUCAGCCCAUUUCGAAGGAAUAGUUUCCUCAUCUUAGUCUGAUAGCUUAUUAUUAUUUUUAAGAGAAAUUCUGAAAAGUUUAACUCUUGACCUUCCUCCAUAUUGCAGUGAUAGUAUACCAUGAAUAUUGUCUAUUUUUUAUAAUAUAUUAGAUUUUCAUUCAGAUCCUAAAAAUGCCAAAUUCUGAUAGAUUAACCUUUUAAGGGAGUUAUUAGUACCAUAGUGUCUAAAUAAUGAGUAAAUGAGUUUAUCUUUGAAGUUGGUGUUAUCCUUGGCAGACAGCACUGUAUCAUGCUCUUCACCAAGCUAUGCUCUGUGAUGAUAUAAUGGAGGAGCCUACUUACUUGUGAGCCUACAGUUAACAUGCCAUUGCCCAAACUAACUUUUAUUAAAAGCAGAUUUGCUAAGGGGAAAAAGAAUAAAGUGAUAUUUUCGUGGAAAUAUAAUUAUAAUUGUUCCAUUAAAGUGUAUACUGAGUAUAUAUUACUCCACAUUGAAAUUUUAUUUUGCAUUAACUUGUUAAGUAAUACCUUUUAACAAUCUUGCAUCCCAUUUUACUGGUACUACCUCUGAAACAUGCUAUCACCUUAAAACCACAUCAGACUGUAAUGUGAACUUUUGUAGGGUUUUUAUUUAAACUUUUAUAGAGGCAAUAAAUGAUUUCCAACGAACGGACA